GACGAUCUCAUGUACGCGUACCGAUUUACCAGAGUCAGAGCAACUGCCAUUUGGGUUUCUCCGCGAAUUAUUUUCCUCCUCCUCCUCCUCCUGCUUCGAAGCUUGAGUCGGCCAUGGAAGGGACGGUGACGUGCGGGUCGUGGAUCCGCCGCCCGGAGAACGCAAACCUCGUGGUGCUGGGGAAGUCGCGGCGCAGCGGCUACUCCUCGCCGUCCUCGCUCGAGAUCUUCGCCUUCGAUCCCAAGUCCACUUCCCUCUCCUCCUCCCCGCUGGUUGCUCAUGUGAUCGAGGAAAUCGAAGGCGAUCCGUUGGCGAUCACGGUUCACCCCAACGGAGAGGAUAUCGUGUGCUUCGCGAGCUCGGGUAGUUGCUUAUCAUUUGAAUUAUCUGCUCAAGAAUCAGAUUUGAAGCUGCUGAUCAAGGAGCUUCCUACUCUUAGAGGGAUUGGUCCUCAAAAGUGCAUGGCCUUUAGUGUUGAUGGAUCUAGAUUUGCCACUGGUGGAGUGGAUGGUCGUCUAAGAAUCCUGGAAUGGCCUAGUCUGCGCAUUAUUCUCGAUGAACCAAAAGCACACAAAAGCAUUAGAGACCUGGAUUUUAGUCUAGAUUCAGAAUUUUUGGCUUCAACAUCUACUGAUGGAUCGGCUAGAAUAUGGAAGGCCGAAGAUGGUUUGCCUUGCACUACUUUGAAUCGCAGACCUGACGAGAAGAUUGAACUGUGUCGGUUCUCUAAGGAUGGGACUAAACCCUUUCUAUUCUGUACUGUUCAAAAAGGUGAUAAAGCUGUUACUGCUGUCUGGGACAUAAGUACAUGGAACAAGAUUGGGCACAAACGACUCCUCAGAAAGCCUGCUGUUGUAAUGUCCAUCAGUUUGGAUGGAAAAUAUCUUGCUCAGGGAAGCAAAGAUGGUGAUAUGUGCGUUAUUGAAGUGAAGAAAAUGGAGGUUAGCCAUUGGAGCAAGAGGCUACACCUGGGAACCUCCCUUACAUCACUAGAAUUCUGCCCUAGUGAAAGGGUUGUGCUUACGACUUCUGAUGAGUGGGGUGUGUUAGUGACCAAGUUAAGCGUUCCUGCUGAUUGGAAAGCAUGGCAAGUGUAUCUACUACUUUUGGGUAUGUUUUUGGCAUCUCUUGUUGCAUUCUACAUCUUCUACGAGAACUCCGACUCGUUCUGGAGUUUCCCUCUCGGGAAGGAUCAACCUGUAAGAUCUAAGAUCGACAGUGUUCUGGGAGAUCCCAAGUCUGCUGAUGAUCAAAAUAUGUGGGGUGAAUUUGGGCCAUUAGAUAUGUGAGCGACGUCGUGCUGCAAGCCUCCAGCAGCAGCAGCAGCAGUGGAUUGAAAAAUACGAUUUUGAUUAUUGUUACACUCUCGCAGUUUUUUUUAUUAGGUCUUUUUGGAACAAAAUGUCCGUUUGGGCGUGAACAAGCGACAUGGGACUGACAUCAUUGCUUUCAUUGUAAAAGUCUCAUCGAAGUCGAACUAAUCCAGCUAUUUGAAAGCGACGAAUUUUGAUUUUGUCCUUAGCAAGUAG